AAGGAGUGGAAGAGCCUGUCUUGGAGAUUUUCCCGGGGAAAUCCUGAGGUCAUUCAUUAUGAAGUGUACCGCGCGGGAGUGGCUCAGAGUAACCGCAGUGCUAUUCCUGGCUAGAGCAAUUCCAGCCAUGGUGGUUCCUAACGCCACCUUAUUCGAGAAACUUUUGGAAAAGUACAUGGAUGAGGAUGGUGAGUGGUGGACGGCCAAGCAAAGAGGGAAAAGGGCCAUCACAGAUGAUGACAUGCAGAGUAUCUUGGAUCUUCAUAAUAAAUUGCGGAGUCAGGUGUACCCAACAGCUUCUAAUAUGGAGUAUAUGACAUGGGAUGUAGAGCUUGAAAGAUCUGCAGAAUCCUGGGCUGAAACUUGUUUGUGGGAACACGGACCAGCAAGCCUGCUGCCAUCCAUUGGACAGAAUUUGGGAGCACAUUGGGGAAGAUACAGGCCCCCAACGUUUCAUGUACAAGCAUGGUAUGAUGAAGUGAGAGACUUUAGCUACCCAUACGAACAUGAAUGCAACCCAUAUUGUCCAUUCAGAUGUUCUGGUCCUGUAUGUACUCAUUAUACACAGGUGGUAUGGGCAACAAGUAGCAGAAUAGGCUGUGCCAUUAAUUUAUGCCACAACAUGAACAUCUGGGGGCAGAUAUGGCCCAAAGCUGUCUACCUGGUAUGCAAUUAUUCCCCAAAGGGAAACUGGUGGGGCCACGCCCCUUAUAAACAUGGAAGGCCCUGUUCUGCUUGCCCACCUAGUUUUGGAGGGGGUUGUAGAGAAAAUCUCUGCUACAAAGAAGGAUCAGACAGGUAUUAUCCUGCUCGGGAAGAAGAAACAAAUGAAAUUGAGAGGCAGCAGGCACAAGUCCAUGACACCCAUGUUCGGACAAGAUCAGAUGACAGUAACAGAAAUGAAGUCAUCAGCACACAGCAAAUGUCCCAAAUUGUUUCUUGUGAAGUAAGACUACGAGACCAGUGUAAGGGAACAACCUGUAAUAGGUAUGAAUGCCCUGCUGGCUGUUUGGAUAGUAAAGCAAAAGUAAUUGGCAGUGUACAUUAUGAAAUGCAAUCCAGCAUCUGUAGAGCUGCAAUUCAUUAUGGUAUAAUAGACAAUGAAGGAGGCUGGGUAGAUGUCACUCGACAAGGAAGAAAACAUUAUUUCAUCAAAUCCAAUAGAAAUGGUGUUCAAACCAUUGGCAAAUAUCGGUCAGCUAAUUCCUUCACAGUUUCUAAAGUAACAGUUCAAGCUGUGACUUGUGAAACCACUGUGGAACAGCUCUGUCCGUUUCAUAAGCCUGCCUCACACUGUCCAAGAGUGUAUUGUCCUCGUAACUGCAUGCAAGCAAAUCCACAUUAUGCUCGUGUAAUUGGAUCUCGCAUUUAUUCUGAUCUGUCCAGUAUCUGCAGAGCAGCAUUACAUGCUGGGGUGGUUCGAAAUCAUGGUGGUUAUGUUGAUGUUAUGCCUGUGGACAAAAGAAAGGUGUACACCGCUUCUUUUCAGAAUGGGAUCUUUUCAGAAAGUUUACAAAAUCCUCCAGGAGGAAAGGCAUUCAGAAUAUUUGCUGUUGUGUGAAGUGGAACACUUGGAAGGGGAUCAAAAAGACUAUUCCAAAUGCCAUAUUUCUGAAGUUUGUAUAAAACUGUAACAUUAUUGUACAGAAGAUAGCAACUAUUUUCAGUCCCCCAGGAAUGACAAAUGCAUAUAAAUCUUGAUAGACAAAGUCUAUAAACUAAAACAUGGGACAUUAGGUUUGGGGAAAGUAAUGAAUAUGUAAUGGUUUUAGAAAUCCUGUGUUAAAUAUUGCUAUAUUUUCUUAGCAGUUAUUUCUACAGUUAAUUACAUAGUCAUAAUUGUUCUACAUUUCGUAUAGUAUAUGGUGCUUUGUAUAUACCACUAAUAAGGCAAGUCUAAACGGUGAAUGUGAAGGGCCCUCAGAAAAUUAUCUGGUACAUUUAACAACAAUCAAUUUUAAAAUUGAAAGAAACUUUUUAAUCAUGUUUUCCCCAAUCCAAUGCUAUGGUGUUACCUACUCUCAAUCUUAAAUUGUUUUCCACUUAGUACCUAUUCAGUUUUCCUCUUUUGUUAAGUUUAGGUGUAUGGAUUCUUAAGUUCUGAUUUUGCACUUGUUACUUUGUAUAAAAUAAUCCUCGAAUGUCCAAAUUAACCUGUUAAAAUAUUUUGCUGCUUUGGAAUUGUCUUAACAGUAAAUGGAAUAAAAUCAAAGUAGUGAUGUGAAUAUAUUCCUAGUGAUCAUACAGUUAAUAUGAGUUUAAGUAUGAACAGCCAGAGCUUUCUACAUAUUGUUAAAAUUGAGGUCAGCAUUUUCUUUUGUAUCCUGGCACAUACUCCUGCAGGCCAGGAAGUAUAAUAGUAAAAAGUCUAACAAAGAUGAACUGAUGUACUGCAUCACCACUGCCACUGAGUUUCAUGACGGCAAAUGGCGCUGUGUAUAAAUGUUGCCAUAUUAUGGUACUUAUACUGGUGGUAUAUUUGUUUCUAUGAAAAAUGUAUUGUGUUUGAGACUAAAAUCCUAUAAAAUGUUACUUUUGGUACUUUUUUCUGAUGGUGAAUUUAUCCAUUUCCUAUAAACAUAUUAAACUUAAUCAUGUUUUAAAG